ACAGCAAAAAUUCAUAUACGGCAAAAGAUGGCGUCCCACAUGUUUUUCUGGAAGGAAGCGAAGCCACUCAGGCUGUAGGUCAUCGUUCGUUUAUGGUUCAUGACCUGGAUUCUGACAAACAGCAUCUUGUGACGGCUUUGCACUGACCAUGAGCUCGCAGGGGAUUGCACUGCAGCAGAAACUCAGUCGGAUGCUGAGCAAGACCGUGGGAAAACCGGUCCUUAAGCCUAACAAGCCUCUGGCCUUGAAGGAUGAGGUGGCGAAUCGUAAAAUGAAAAAAGGAGAGGCCACGUGCAUUAUGGAGAUGUCCCUGCUGAUGGCGUGCUGGAAGGAGCAUGAGUUCAACGAUGCCUUGUGUUCCAGUGAGGUGCAGGCAUUCUUCAAGUGUGCUGAGAAGGCAGAGGCUGCAAGAAAAGCAAAAGCAGAUGGGACUGUUGGCCAGCACGGAGUCCUGUACCCUAAGCAAGCCAACACAUUACUGAAGCGAUAUCCCAAUCAUUUUAAAGAGAUUUAGGGCUGCCUCAGAUUGGUGCAGUUGUGGUGUGCAUUUUCUUCUUGUAUUUAGCAGCCUUCAGGCAAAAAUGGCAGCAGAAGGUGCGAGAUCUGCAGGCAGAACUGUGACUUGUACAUUGUAAUCUUUAUAUCCUUUGCUAUUUCACAUAAUUCUUCUCCCCAUGACUGUGGCACUGUUUCGAGAGAAUGGACUCUAGCACUAUUAAUGCUGAAGAAGAGGUUAUCAAAGGGUAUUUGUCCAGAUGUCCCUCUUCGGCAGGCUUUGAUGUCUCAAAUAAAGAAGUUUAAACAACAAGCAAAGGCCCACAACCAUCUCCUGUUAUCAGCCUUUCACAAAGGGCAGCUCUGCUGGUGCCACAUUAAAAAAGAGGAAAUUGAAACAUACUAUGGAGGAUUUUUUGUGACAUAUCCUUAAUUAUAUGUGUCAAUUUAUCUUUAAUUGUGUGUCAGACUGUUGUCCGAUAAAUACAUCAAUAAUUAAAUAUGUCAAUAAAUCAUUCAAUCUUUUUAUUGCAAAA